ACAGGAGACGCUCGCGCAGUUCGCUAGAGUUUCGGGUGAGUUUGCGGCUGGAGCCCUUGGUGUCUGCGUUUGAUACGCGAACGGCGCGAUUUCGGACGGGACACUCGCCGGACGGCUGCAGAAAGGCACCUUGAUUGUAGACACUUGGACGCCACGAUGGUGUUGGCCGAGCGGAACGCCGACAAGCUGAGGAACGGGGGCCGCUCGAGGGGCACCAGCCCCAAUGGACACGCCACCGGGUCCAGCUCCGAGGAGGAGCGAGGUGAGUGGAAGGAAAAAAUUCGCGUUGGACGUGACUUCCAGACUCAAAUCCCACCUCUCAUCCCAUAUGCGGAGCGCAAGCCAGAGGAGCAAUGUUUUGAGCGUGCCCUUCUUGUCUGGUCGCCUGCUAGUGGAACUAUUUCUGACCAAAAAUUGGACGACUAUAUCACCCUCGCCAAGGAAAAGUAUGGCUACAAUGGCGAACAGGCUUUGGGAAUGUUGUACUGGCACAAACAUGACUUGGAGAAGGCCAUUCUAGACUUGGCUAACUUCACCCCUUUCCCUGAUGACUGGACCGUCGAAGACAAAGUCCUUUUCGAACAGGCGUUCCAGUUCCACGGCAAAAGUUUUCAUCGAAUCCGCCAAAUGUUACCAGACAAAACCAUAGCCAAUCUGGUCAAGUAUUACUACUCGUGGAAAAAGACGCGGAGCCGAACUAGUUUGAUGGACAGAAUGGCGCGCAAGGUGGCGGCCAUGCGGGAAGAGGGAGGCAGCGAAGUAGGCUCUGAAAUGGGUUCAAACACAGAUUCCGACUCUGAGGACAAAGUUGGUGGGAAAUGGACAAUUCACCGAGGCAUCAGGCGCAAUAGUCGCUCGCCACCCCCCAGGAGCGGAAAUAACGACUCUGAGGGCGAAGGCGGAACUCGCUCCACUUGUGGAAACUGUGAAAUCAGCUGCAGCACAACACACUCCACUCCAAAAGGAUCUCUUUGCACAACGUGCUACUCCUACUUCAAUAAGCCAUUCCUAUCCAUGAAAUUCAUUCGUGCUCACAGACGCACUGGAGGACUGAGACCGACAACUGGACCUAUUAGGCGCGAGGGCCGUCCGAUUCAGCACAACUUCUUACUGCGCAACAAGCGCAAGCCACCGCGCGGCAUGUACAUCAAUCACGAUGAUUUGGUUAGCAUGGCCACUGGUCCUGCCGGCCAGGGAGAGAACAUGCUCAAGGCCAUGGACAGGGAAAUCGUGUCCCUCAAGCGGCUGGUGCAGCUCAACAAGCAAAAAAUUAGCGGCCUCAAGAAAAACACAAGUGAAGGGAUUGACGAGCUCCGACCAGCAGAGUCAACUACAAGAAUUAUCUCCCGCUGGGCCAACGAUGAGCUUCUGCUUGCAGUUCAAGGAAUACGGAAGUAUGGAAAAGAUUUCAAAGCGAUUGCUGAAGUGAUUGGCAACAAAACUGAAUCACACGUGAGAACUUUCUUCAUCAACUACAGACGCCGCUACAAUCUGGAUGCUGUGCUCAAAGAGUAUGAAUCUGAAAACGGUCCAAUAGUCGAGGAGGAGAGAGACGAAAAAAUGGAGGUUGACGGCGUUUCCUCUGGCAGCGAGGCUGGAACUCCUGCCCCUGCCUCCCCAGCUCCUGCAGCUAAGACAUUGAAGAGCAACACAACCCUGGCAACCGUCCCACCUGCCAAGUGACCUCGACGCCACGCCCUCCUUGUCCCAAAGUUGAAUGAUCGAGACUUUGGCUAUUGAGAACGCGAGUGGCUCCUGCUAAUUUUUUUUAAGAUCAAAUCAUUUGAAGCUUCAGUCAGCUGCCUGAGUAUUAGCAUGAAAAGGUAGCUGGAAACCUUAAAUUCCUUAUAAGAGGCAUAUCUUGGUGCUGCUGAGCCCUUAAGACCGACAUAAAUUUGAAAUUUGUUACCGUCUGAAAGCCCCGUAAAAGUGCGAGCGACGCUGAAAACUUCGUUGCUGUAACUUUUUAAUUUGUUCCAUUGAUUUCCACUUUAAAACCAAAGCAUCUCAACGUGAAAACGUGUUUUUUCUAUCUGCUUAUCAAUCUUAUUUCAGUUGAUUUAGCGUGUUAAGUGUUUUGUUUCCCAUUUAGAAAGGUAUUUCUUACUAAACAUGUACAUUGCUUGACAAGCUAGAUACGAAUGUUUGAUUGAAUAUGUUAGAUGAAUAUUUUAGUCACAGAUUGUAGUGUAGGUUCACAAUUUGCCUUAUUGGAGUGUAAAAAAUUAAGACAGGUAUAUAUUUGAGGAUCAACUUGUAUGAAUCACUAUAAUUUUAAUUUUACGAACACUCACAAUUUAUCAGUAAUUUCUGCUGUGCUAUCUGUUUUUGUACAUAAGCUAAUUAAUUAUUAAGUAUUUAUUUUACACACAUAUUCCAAGUAUGAGUACCUUCAAUAAUCACUCAUGAUUACUAGUGCUGAAGUAAACAAGCAUUUUUAUUUGGAAAACGUCCUCAUGACUAUGAGACAGCAUGAAACACCUGUAAGUCACGUUAGACGCUUACAAGUCUUUUUUAAUAAAUUUGCUCUGAAAAUAAUAUUAAAA